AGUGAACAAGCUUCCGCUACCCCCUUUUGUUUUUUUGGGAUCUUGUGUCUCUCGAAAUGAGGAAGCCUGAUUCCUCUGGGAGGAACAGCUCCAAUAGCAACGCCAGCAAGCUGAGAAAAGGACUCUGGUCGCCCGAAGAAGACGACAAGCUGAUGAGCUACAUGCUCAGCAAUGGCCAGGGCUGCUGGAGCGAUGUGGCCCGGAACGCCGGCCUGCAGCGGUGCGGCAAGAGCUGCCGCCUCCGGUGGAUCAAUUACCUGCGCCCCGACCUCAAGAGAGGCGCUUUCUCCCCGCAAGAGGAAGAGCUCAUCAUCCACCUGCAUACCAUCCUUGGCAACAGGUGGUCGCAGAUAGCGGCUCGCUUGCCCGGACGGACCGACAACGAGAUAAAGAACUUUUGGAACUCGACCAUAAAGAAGAGGCUCAAGAACUCGUCGUCCGCGUCUUCUUCUAGACACUCGCCGAACACGAGCGAUUCCUCCUUGUCGUCGGACCCUAAAGAUAUCAUGGGAGGUCUCAUCUCCCUCCAGGGACAAGGACUCAUGCCGCUUUCUAUGGACUCGUUUUCGUCCGUCCAGGCUUUGGCUCUUCACCAGAUCAUCGAUCCGCUCAACCAAGGCCUCGACCUCCCCGGUUUGAGCGGAUACUGCGAUGCGAACCCUAAUUACUGCACGCUGCAAGGCGGAGUUAGCGGUGACUUCGGGAGAUUCGGAGGUAUCGUCGGUUGUGGGAUUAAUGGAGAUCAGUUCUAUGCUCCUCCACUGGAUAGCACAAGCAUUGAAGAAAAUGUGAAAACUGAGAACACGUACGAUAGUGAACACAAUAGUAGCAAGAACCUUAAUAACUUCAACUAUACCAAUGAUGAUGUCGUUGAUAACGUAGGCAACUUAAACAACUACGGCAGAAUAGAAAGCAUGGCUGGUUUAGGGAACUUGUGGAAUGGAGGGGAGGAGAUGAAAGUGGGUGAAUGGGACUUGGAGGAGUUGAUGAAAGAUGUUUCUUCAUUUGCUUCUGCUGAUUUCCAGGUUAUUCAAUAGGUGGUCAUAGCAAAAGAGCAAGAACCCUAGAAAAUAUACCUUCAUCGAUUUAGGAAACCCGUCUGUUAUUGUCACAUAUGACUCCACAACAAAAAUAAUUUCCCUAGGUUUCCCAUCUUGUUUUAGCUUAAUUUCGCGACGGCCGCCCACGUGACUAAUGUAGUCUAUAGUGUACCUAUAUCCCUUUUUGUUUUUUUCAACCCAUAAAAGUGAGCAUGGGCACUCGGAUUUGGAAGGUGGAGCAUCGAACUGAAGUGUAAUUAGGGCGCGAAUUGGACGGUGCCCAAGGCACUCCCGGCAUGUUCGAUUGCGCUCUUGCUUGUGAGUAGAUUGGUGAGGUCGCUUUUGUCUCGUUACUUUGCGAUCAUGUGAAGCUCCGGAAUAAUGGAUCGAUGUACACAUGUUGAGAUGGAUGUGGAUAGAGAAUAAAAGUCGAGGGAAAACAUCAUGUUUGGUAGGUCUGCAAAAAUUUGUGAUUACCAUGUCAUGUACAAAUCCAAAGUCCGGGUGGUGGAAGUUGUUAUCAGUGGAGAGAGUUAUCUCAUGUAAAGUGAAAUCAUAAGCUUUUGAUGGAGGAGACAGAAAA